UAUCAAUACUAUUUUUAUUCAUACUGCAGAUUUGUAAUAAAUGUUUUGAUGUGUAUUCCAACACUUCAAUUCAUACAUGCAACCAAGAGGAAUAUAUAAAUAUUCAAAGUUGACAAUAAAAGUCCCACAAAUACUACCUUUUGGACAGAUGGAAAUACAUCAUUUAUGUUAAACUGUUUCCAUAAGUAUAUGGAACAAAUAGGCCCUAUGAAAAAAUUCCGAAACAAAAAGGCAAUGUGGAUAAGAAUCAAACAAGAUAUGGUAGAACAAAUAGGUUGUGUAUUUACAGAAGCUCAAAUUGAAAAUAGAUAUAAAACUGUUUUAAAAAGAAACAAAGCAUAUAUGAAAAACAACAAUACUUCUGGAUCAUCUCCCAAGUUCAGUAGCGUUGAUGAAGAAUUUAGUAAGAUAACAGCAUUGGAUGAUUCUAUUGAACCAUCUGUUUGUGUAGGAACAUCUAGUUCUGGACUGAAAAGAAUUUUAAAAGAUGAUAAGAUAACUAAAGAUGUUGAGCCACAAGCUACAAAGAAGGCCAAGACUUCUCUGAAUGAUCUGCUGAAUGCUGAUUACCAUGCAUAA